CAAAAAAGAGGAGGAGAAAAAUAUUAUCAUGUCUUAUAAAUAGAGCUCGAAGGACAAACUAGCCACACGGUCCUGAAGAAAAUCCAAACCCAGAAGCCAUGGCUGGAGUCGAGACACUGCCAAAAGAAUACGGCUAUGUUGUAAUCGUCCUCGUUCUCUACUGUUUUCUUAACACGUGGAUGUCUUUCCAAGUCGGCAAAGCUCGCAAGAAGUACAACGUUUCCUAUCCGGCCAUGUAUGCUACGGAAGCUGAAAACAAGGAUGCAAAGCUCUUCAACUGCGUUCAGAGGGGACAUCAGAAUUCAUUGGAAUGGAUGCCGGUAUUUUUCUUGCUGAUGGGAUUGGGAGGAAUUAGGCACCCUUUGGUGUCUGCUUCCUUGGGAGCCUUUUAUAUCUUCGCUCGUUACGGCUAUUUCAAAGGUUAUUCCACCGGCAAUCCUGAGAAUCGCCUUACAGUUGGGAAAUACAAUUUCAUUGCGAUUCUGGGCCUCACGAUCUGCACACUAUCUUGUGGAGUGAAUCUUCUUACCUCAUCAUGAGAAAGGGGUGUUCGGCUGCUCUGAAAGAAUCCAUAAUUGCCUUAUUUUCAUCGUUUGCGACGAUGCUCUAGGCAUCAUGUGUCAUUUUCGGUUAUGUUAUUUAAUAUUUACAUGUCUUGCUGUUGUAACUUAUUAACUCUUUCCGAAUAAAAAUGUGCCAGCUAAACCAGCUUUAUGCAUAUAACCAUACGAUCGUACGAUCAGCUUUAUGCAUAUCACCCUAAUAAGACGUUUAUGUAAUAUAUAUAUGUAUACAUGAAGAAACCGCAAUGUUAAAAUAACAAAAAGAAGAAGAAACCAAUGUUUCUAUCAUUUGUUUUUCAAUUUUUUUCCUUAAAGAAUUUGUUCAG